AUGGAGCUGCGGGUCCUGUGCGGCGUCCUCUACUGGCUGCUGCUGCCGCUCUCGCUGCUGGCCGCCUGCCUCUUCCGAUUCAAUGGCCUCUCCCUGGUCUACCUUCUCUACCUCCUGCUCCUGCCGUGGUUUCUGGGCCCCACGGAAGACACCAUCAAAGGUCACACUGGACGCCUCCUCCGAGCUGUCUUAGGAACCAGCAUCCUUUUCCUUCUCGCUCAUUUGGUCUUCCAAAUAUGCCUUUACACUGUGCCCAGCCUGGACCAGCUCCUCGGAAGCAACUGCAGCACAUGGGAAACUCUGGCUCAGCAUAUUGGGGUCACCAGGCUGGACCUAAAGGACAUCCCCAAUUCGGUGCGCUUAGUAGCCCCCGACCUGGGCAUCCUGCUGGCCUCUGCCAUCUGCCUUGGCAUUUGCAGCCGCUUGCGGCCAGCAAGGGAGGUCAUCACCUGGAGCCAGCAGUCUGAAUCUCCCCUCCCCCCAGAACAGGAAGAGGUGGCCAUCGAUGAGGGCCAGUCAGAGUCCCCCGGAGGGACUGACGCUCCGGCCCCAGACUCGCCAAGACGGCGGGCACAGUUGGCUGCUCGGCUCCGGGUAAAGGCUCACGGGCUCUUGAUGGCGGUUGGAAAGAUCUUGGCUGUUGUGUUAAUUGCACUGGCAGGUCCCAUCACCUUGCCCUCGGCCUUCUCCAGUGUCUACUACCUGCUGUUUGUGGGCCUCAUGACCUGGUGGGCCUGCCACUUCUCCAUCAGCCACCUGGCCUUCAACGCUUUGUGCAUCAUGGUGGAUGUCUUUGCUGGGGGCCACCUCAUUUGCCUGUAUGGCUACCAGACCCCCUUCAUGCAGAAAAUCCUUCCACCCACCGGCCUCUGGGCACGACUCUUUGGGCUGAAGGCCAUUAUCCUCCCCGGAGGCUGUACCCAGCCCAACAAGCUGCUGCUGGACCUCAACCACCCCUGGCCCGUCUAUGCCAAUCCAGGCAUCCUCCUGCUGCUCUCUUAUGUUUUGGCUACCUUGGUGAAGCUGCGAAGGUUGCGCUCCUCUAAACAGGGGGAUUCCGAGUCUUCAGCCUCAGAGCUUCUGGAGCUGGAAAACCGGUCAAAGGACAAAGACCACCUGCCUGAAGAUGCCAAGCCGAUGCUGGUCCAGGAUCCUGAGGCUUCUGGGGCCGAGGACCUCACCGUGCAUGAAGCCGAGGGAACCAGCCACGCAGGUGAAGCUUUGUAUUACUGGGACAAGGAGGCUGCAGCAAGACUCCCCUGCAGUUGCUCUCCCCGCUGCCCUUAA